AUGGUCAAGGCUGGUCAGCUCUGGGGAAAGAGCAAGGAUGACCUCACCAAGCAGCUGGAGGAAUUGAAGACCGAGCUGAGCCAGCUCCGUGUCCAGAAGAUCGCUGGCGGUGCCUCCUCGAAGACCCACAGAAUCCACGACGUUCGCAAGUCGAUCGCUCGCGUUCUGACCGUCAUCAACGCCAACCAGCGCGCUCAGCUCCGCUUGUUCUACAAGAGCAAGAAGUACACUCCUCUUGACCUCCGCCCCAAGCUCACCCGUGCUCUCCGCCGCCGUCUCACCAAGCACGAGGCUACCCUGAAGACCGAGCGCAAGCGCAAGCAGGAGAUCCACUUCCCCCAGCGGAAGUACGCUGUUAAGGCUUAA